UGGGGCAACAAAUCCCAAAUCAUAAACUUCGGCAUUUUGACUUCCUGACCCCCCGUCAAAAAAAAAAAAAAAAAGACUUCCUGGCCCAGGAAGAUAUCACCGCGGCGACGACAAUCGCCGUUUAAAACCUGACGUAGUUACGACGACACAGUCUUCGACCGAGGCAUUACCAAUUUACCAUCUUCGCACUACAUUCGUUUACAUAUGCCGGUGACAAAAAAUGGAGUAGGUCAGCUUCUCCGUCGCGCAGUUGCUUAGAUUAACAAUGGCGAUGUUAGCGUUACAGCGCGCCGCCCGAAGCAUGCACAUCGCUGCCGCAGAUGCACCACGCCUCACCAGUUUGGCCACGGUGGCGCUAGUCUGCUAGGUCAGCAUAUCUGUGAUAACUGACAUGGUUGUAAAUGGAUGGAGAAAGCUCACUUGCUAGAUCUGCCUAUCUGUGAUCACUUAUCUUUGAAGCUAUGGUCUGAGAGGUGGGGGUGUCUAGGCACUGUAGUACCCUGAUGACUGCUGCUGGUGUGGGGUGAUGGGGUUGGUGAUAAAGGGAAGAGAGGAUAAGGAAUGGCUGAGGUGAGGGAAAUGGUUUUGGUGGAUUUAUGAAAUGAACCAAACAAGGUUAUGGAAGGGGAAAUGUUGCAAGGGUGCACAAAGUUAUUAAAUGUUCAUAUCAACUACCGAUGUGAUGACAUCUUAUUGCGGACGUGUCAGACUAUCAUUUGUGUUAUCCGGUGGCUUGAGAAGGUGGAGGUGGAAUUUGCUGAUGGCCGUGCAUUCAACCUAUCAGCUGAGUUUCUGAGAGUAUACAGCCCAGCUGCAGAUAGCAAGAUCCGCUCCAUUGGGGGUGAAAAGGUAAUAUUUGGUCGGCGUCAUGUAGGGAUCAUGUCUGCAGAACCUGUAGGGAAUUAUGGGGUGAGGUUGCUCUUUGAUGAUUUGCAUAAAACAGGAAUAUACACAUGGAACUAUUUCUUUUACCUUGGCUCUAACAAGUUUACUCUCAUGAGAAAUUAUAUCAAAAUGUUGCAGAAACAUGACCUGAGCCGGGAUCCCAAAAGGCCAUAAUAGGAAGUAGGAGGUAUGCUAGGCUCUUUUUGCAAAAACAGAACAUGUGUAUGGCCAUCCAAAACAAUGUUUCAAUUUAGAAUUUUGAUGUUGUUUACAAUUGAAGAGAAUUUUCUAAACUGAUUCAAAUAUAUAAGAAAUAACGUAUUCAUUCA